CAAAAAAAUGGGUGGGGUAAUUAUUACAGUCGGCUACCCACAUGCGUCUAAAGCUGAUAACAAGCCCUCCCCCAUAGGGAUAGGAGGGUCGUCGCCUAACAUUUGGGGGGCGGGUGUAGGAAGCGUCCUGGGUAAAUCACUAUAUUUUUACCCUCUCCUUCGUUAUAGACUCAUCCACCGUUUCUCUGUAAAAUUAAUUCAGGAAUUAUCGCUUCGGGGAAAUGAUACUUCGUGUUCAGCAGUUGUCUCUGAGCGCGAACUGGUUAUUGCGUUAUCAGAGAAAGUCACGCGCGCAUUUUUGACAUCCGAUCUCCCACAAGAUCCCUGCGCUUUAUCUUCGGGGCUUCAUGCGCAUGACAAUCGGUGAAUCUCUGGAGUCGAGAUAGCUAUUCACGCUGGUAUUGAGCACAUAUAACAAUGGCAUCAUUGAGAAGUGGGCAGAAGCAGCAGUUGCUGUAAUAUGCAAUAAUUGUUGCAUCAUUGCAAUCAGCAAUUUCAUAACGAGAAACUUCUUGUUUGCCAACAUAUAUGGGCAAACGUUGAUGGAAAGUAAUACCAUCGUCAUCAUGGAAGCGAUAAAAACGGAAUUUUGAUCACGUUUGGUUUCGUUUGGAAAUGGUUUCCAACAAUCCAAAUUACAACUUUACGUUUCUUGUAUUAUGAGAACACGUCUAAAUCAUGCUGAGAAAAUUUUAUAUGCGCAAAGUGAUGUGUGAAUUUGCCUAACGAAAAGUGAUUGAAACCGUUUCUGAGACUUAUGUUUGCGUGCGUCCUUUUUAUUUAUUUUCCCCUAUCCUCGGGUUUCUGUUAUGGAUACCGAACCCGUACUCCAUACGAUAGCCAGCCGUGUAGGCAUCGGUAUCAGGUGUCGCCAUUUUUGUUGAGCCAUCCAACGCAGCCAACAAACAAAGCCAACAGAAAACGAUGAGGCACGUGGCAGAUUUUGCUGUUCAGGCUGUCGGUAAGGUACUCAACGACCGGAAAAGACCCCUGAAAGAACGAUUUAGAGCAUUGUUCACCCUGAGAAAUUUGGGAGGAAGCUGUGCCAUUGAGUGCAUCUCAAAAUGCUUCGACGAUCCAUCUGCCCUGCUGAAACACGAGCUCGCCUAUUGUCUGGGACAGAUGAAAGAUACUUCCGCUAUUCCAACUCUCAUCAGCGUCCUGAAAGACGUCAACCAAGAACCUAUCGUACGCCAUGAAGCCGCUGAAGCCUUGGGGGCGAUCGGAAUGCCACUCGGCGUCUUGGAGGAGUUCACGGCCGACAAGGAAAGCGUUGUUGCGGAGACCUGCCAACUGGCACUUAAGAGAAUAGCCUGGCUUGAAAGCCCAGAAAGCAAAGAAGCGAAAUUUCAAGACAGUCCUUACAGCUCUAUUGAUCCAGCCCCGCCACUAUUGGAAGAUCGACCUAUCCAAGAAUUAAAGAUAAUGUUACUGGACAGUACGAAGUCUCUCUUCGAAAGAUACCGUGCCAUGUUCACUCUGCGGGACAGCGGUUCAACUGACGCCGUGCUUGCGUUGUCCCAGGGACUCAAGUGUCCAAGUAGCGCCCUGUUCAGACACGAAGUAGCUUACGUGUUGGGCCAGAUUCAGGAAGAAGCAGCAACGCCCUAUUUAAAACAAGUGCUGGCAGAUAGUUCGGAACUGGGCAUGGUAAGACAUGAAUGUGCAGAAGCACUGGGCGCGAUUGCUUCACAAGAGUGUAUGGACAUCUUGAAGCAGUUUGAAAAUGACCCAGAAGCAUUGGUUCGUGAAAGUUGCGAAGUGGCGUUGGACAUGUGUGAAUAUGAAAAUAGUGACGAGUUGCAGUAUGCAAAUACUUUAUUACAGGUGCAGCCAGAAGCACUCAUAUAAACCCGUCUUGUAGAAAUGUUAUACACACUCAUAAUACAACAACAACAUUUCUCCAAAUGCCUUUUCUCAGCUCUUUCAUGUUGGCAUCAACACACUUUCCUUGCUGCAGAUUUUACUGCUGAAAGGAGCAACAAUGUAUUGUGCUUCAGCUGUGUUCUAUAAUGCAUGUCACUUUCUGUUGUUUAUGGGACAUUUAGAGUGUCUGCAGUAGACCGUGACACCAAAUUAAAAGCGUUUUGUUACAAAAACAA